AUGGCCUGGUAUGUUGUUCAUGUUGGCCGACAACCUGGAGUUUACUCCAAUUGGGUUGAUGCCCAUGCUCAGGUCAGUGGCUACAAGGGGGCCUGCCACAAGAAGUACAAGUCAAGUGAUGAAGCAUUUGCAGCCUUCUACGGUCUUCAAAACAAAGACGUCAAGCCAACAGACUCACAUGACCCUCCUAAGAUGGAAUUAUGGAAUGUUAAAGAUAGACCAAUGGAGCCACAAGACAGGGUGAAGGAGUGGCCUGAACGUACUAACGCUUUCUACUUUGUCAAGAUUCGCUCAUUCAAGGAUCCUGAUCUUAGAAGAAAACUCAUGGAGGCUGAGAAUGAAUUCCAGAAGAAGAUUGAAGCUCGUAACAAAAUUAUUGAGGUUGCAAGAGCCAAGAAGGAGGAGCGCUCCAAUAUAAUCUCAGAGCUGAAGUCACUGUAUGCUGAGAACAAACAGUAUCAUGUAGUUGUGGAGGUUCUUCAAAACCAUUUAGGCAAGUUUCGUAAUGGAAACAACACCAUGCAGGCACAGGGCUGCUCUGUUGUUGAAGAACUUGAGCAAACGAUCAAGAUGUUGAGCGACCGCAUCGUUCACGAGUGCAUAUCUAUACUUGAGGAGAAGCGUUUGUAUACAGAAAUUAAGGACAUUGAAAAAGCCAGAUCGAAGGUCAUUUAUCUCUCCACCAAUCGACCUAAACUCCAAGAUACAGUGGAUGGAAAUGAGGACACACAGGACAAGGUCAAAGUCAUUGAUGGAAUAAGAAAGGAGCAACAAGCAAUCGGAUCUAAGAUUAAGGUUCUAGAGGAUGAGCUAAAUGUUGUUAACGCUGAUAUCACAUCAAUUCAAGAAGAUUUAGAUGCAGCUACAGCUAGAAAAGACAAGGCAUACGAACCAUUGCAAGAAUUGAGAGCAAAGCGCGAUGUGAAAAAUGCUACGUUCGUUCAAAACCUCACGGUUUUGAACAAAGCUAGAGAUUAUGCUUCAAGGGGAAUGGUGACAGAACUGCAAGGGCUCCACAAGACUCAGGUUGACGAGUUCAUGGCCCAGUGGCGCCACAGCAAGGCUUUCAGAGAGGACUACGAGGCCAGGAUCCUCUCCUCUCUCAAUGACCGGCAACUGGGCAGAGAUGGCCGGAUGAUGACUCCUGAUCAGUGAAAUUGGCUAAGAAAUUGCUAGAGGUUCAAGAAGUAGGGUUGCUUUAAUUUAGCACAGUGAAAAAAAAAACCCCAUAGAAAUACGGUGGCAUGUAUUCUCAAACUCUUGAGUGGAACACCACAAAAAAUACACAUGAAAACACUA